GCCCAGCGGAGCUGCCAUCGGGAGAGACUAUAGGCCAUCGCAUAUUUGAAGGCAGGCAGACUUGGAGUGAGCGUUUUCGAAGGUGCUCGGCUCGUGAUCUAGCGGGUCAACCAUAAGGGAAACAACGGGUCGUCGAUUCUGAUGGCCGUCGUCCAGCAAUACAUGGCAGCCGCAGAGAUGGGCGUAGCAGCUGCCUAUUUGAUGGAGAUGGGUGGUAACGGCGGGAAGAUAACCAGCAAGGAGGUCUUCAAACAGGCUGCUGCCAGGUCAUCACUCCCAUAUGCACGGCCCAACUUCAUCGGUCUGGGCGCCGGCGGCAAGACCUGCUCCCAGUGCGGCACAAACCGCACCCCACAGUGGCGCGAAGGGCCCGAGGGUCCAAAGACGCUGUGCAAUGCAUGCGGGGUCAAGCGCGUGCGCCAGAUGCGCAUGCUCACAGACGGGCACAAGCGCCGCCCGCCCGCCGCGGCAACCGCGCCCCUCAAGACAGCAUUGUCCCUGGCCAAGCAGAGCUCCGGCUCGCUCACGUCCGACAGCAAUGCUGUGAUCAGACGCCGCGACAGGUCGCCAGCCGUCAGGCGGCCCCAGCGCAAGGCGGCUGCAAAGGCAGCUUCAAGAACCGCAGAGUUUGCCACAACAGGCGAUUGGCCGGACGACGAGGCUGACGCGUCAUACCCCGUCCGCUCUGCAGCACAGUCAACCUUCACAGACCCCUCAGGCUCGGAGGACUCAGCAGCGCUGAACUCUGACUCGGCGGAGGAGGUGGCGUGGACGCCCACCCGCGGCCCGGGCCCGGCUCACACGUCCAUGCCGCAGCCCCCCAGCCCCUUCCCCGUGGUCGGCCACGAGACGGCCGCCGCCGUCAACCUGCUGUCCAUGUCCAUCCACGAGCAGGACCUGGGCGCCGGCCGAGCCGCUGCCGGCGCACUCGCCGCAAGAGACCUCAGCACAUUCUACGAGCAUCAUCAGUAUGGCAAGCAAAUGGGGUCGCCCAUGACCUUCAACUCGGCCGCCUUUGCGGCGAUGGUGAACUCAAGCAUGAACGAGGUCCCGGGCGCCAAGCCGGAGGAGCAGCCAGCGGCGGCAGAGGAGCUCAAGGACGCCCUGCGCCGCCUGCCGCACGGCAAGCAGACCGAGAUGGCCCUCGUCAAGGAGCGCCUCGAAAACUCCCUCCGCGAGGAGGCUGCGGCCAACGCUGCUGUCGCGGCAGUCGCAAAGAUCCUGGCAAUGAAGCAGGCGGCGGGCAUCCGGGCAAGGGCGGCGGCUGCGGCGGCUUCAAGGGACAUGCAGCGCUUCAUGGCCGAGCUGGACGAGGAGUUUAGUCUGUCCAACAUCCUCAAGAAGCAGAGGACCUGA